GACCCCGGUGCGCACGGAGGCGGCGACUCUUACCUCACAGAGGUAGCCCUGCCACCAGCCCCAGCUCCUCGGCCGCGGUCCAUGGACCGGAACCCUGGGGAGACGGGCAGGAACCCGCGCCGCGAUCGCCACCUCCCAGCCCCAGGCCCCUCCCCGCUCCGCCGCUUCCUCACCUUCCUCCUCCUUCCCCCGCGUCCUCCCGGAGCCCAAAGGUCGCUCCGAGCCGCCGCCGCGCCGCCCGGGGAAGCGGUGAGGAGAGCCCGCCGCAGCCGGAGCCAGGCUGAGGCCUAGCCCGCCCGCCCGCCGCCGCUACUGUCCCUCCCUGGGGCCCGGUGCUCGCCCCUGCCGCCUACGCCGCCGCUGCCCGGCUCCACGGGGAGGUCCUUGAGAAGAUGCCCGACCAAGCCCUGCAGCAGAUGCUGGACAGAAGUUGCUGGGUAUGUUUUGCUACUGAUGAAGAUGAUCGAACAGCUGAGUGGGUGAGACCAUGCAGGUGCAGAGGAUCUACAAAAUGGGUUCACCAAGCUUGUCUACAACGCUGGGUAGAUGAAAAACAAAGAGGAAAUAGUACAGCACGAGUGGCAUGUCCUCAGUGCAAUGCAGAAUACUUAAUAGUAUUUCCAAAGUUGGGUCCAGUUGUUUACGUCUUGGAUCUUGCAGAUAGACUGAUCUCAAAAGCCUGUCCAUUUGCUGCAGCAGGAAUAAUGGUUGGCUCUAUCUAUUGGACUGCUGUGACUUAUGGAGCUGUGACAGUGAUGCAGGUGGUAGGCCAUAAAGAAGGUUUGGAUGUUAUGGAAAGAGCCGAUCCUUUGUUCCUUUUAAUUGGACUUCCCACUAUUCCUGUUAUGCUGAUAUUAGGCAAGAUGAUUCGCUGGGAAGACUACGUUCUUAGAUUGUGGCGCAAAUACUCUAAUAAACUACAAAUUUUGAACAGUAUAUUUCCAGGGAUUGGAUGUCCUGUUCCCCGUAUUCCAGCUGAGGCAAAUCCGUUGGCAGACCAUGUCUCUGCUACUCGAAUUUUGUGUGGAGCUCUUGUCUUUCCCACUAUUGCUACGAUAGUUGGAAAACUGAUGUUCAGUAGUGUUAAUUCUAACCUACAAAGGACAAUCUUGGGUGGAAUUGCUUUUGUUGCCAUAAAAGGAGCAUUUAAGGUUUACUUCAAACAGCAACAAUAUUUGCGUCAAGCACACCGCAAAAUUCUUAAUUAUCCAGAGCAAGAAGAAGUAUAAGGGUGUGACAUCCCAUUGUCUGACCGCCUCAUCUGAGAGUCUGUUGUAGUGUUCUGAUACCAUCAUUAUUGCACAGUAGUGGAGACUUGUGAUAAGCUGCUGCUCCUAUAUUUUUAAGACAUAUAAUAAAGCACUUAUGGCAGGGGAAAUCCUCAGUAGUCACGGAACCUAAGAAUGUGAUUUGUUUUCAUUGUUUUAUAUGUACUUCCUUUAUGGCAGUCAUCUGAACCAGUUUCUUAGCAUGAUAAAUACUGGGUUUUAUUUAUGUUUUCCCUGGACAGAAGUGUAAAGAUCAAAUUGUACAGUUAUUAAAGAGGGAACAGGCUGUUGUAUGCAAAUGCCUCUUUUGUACAUUUGUAUGUUUACUAUUUUCUUACGCAGCCAUCAACUCAACAAUAAGGAUACCAUCGGAGGAUUUCUUAUUUCAGUAGAUGAUUUAACUGUGGAAUAAGAGCAUGUGUUAAUAUGGAGAAAAUAGAAAUGUUGAUAUGGAGGAAAUAGAAAUUCACCUUGAGUUAUGAAAUAGAUACGAAACCAAAAAUGUGUGAAGCCGCUCAAUCACUUAUCUGAACAACCUAGAUUCUGUUGAGUAUUUUUCAAACAAUAUAAUAUCCUCUAAAAUAUAGCAAAAUUCACAGAGCUUCCAGUUCAUUUUAUUGCUACUAAAUCUAUGUGAUGUUGGCAUCUUGUAGUUCAUUACAUAGUUCUGACUAUUCAACAAUCUGAAUUACACUGUAUCAUCAGCUCCUCAUAACAUUAAAAUCUUCAGUAGAUUUUUAAAUUCUUAAUUCUAGAAACUGCUACACUAUUGGAGCUGCAAGUCUACAUGUCAUUUGAGCACAGAGGAGCAACUGCUGUUACACUGUUCCUUUACUCUCCACAAAUUAGUAGUGAGAGUGAUUUGGAGAUGAGCAGGGAAGCAAACUCAGGAGAGGCUUGGAGCCAGCUAUCUUUGGGUCAGCAAUGAGGAGAUGAGCAUUAAAAGUAUGACUGCUAAGCAUCGAUACUGAGUCUUCAGGAGACAUGACAUUAAGAUCAGUGCUUUGGACAUAAACCGAUGGAUUGUGGAAAGAUAAAGGCAAUAUUUAGAGUUUAGUCACUAGUCAUCUUGUGAUUGAGGCUAACACUUUGAUGAUUACUUCUGUAUUUUGUGGGUUGACAUAAAACAUUUUCCAAAGAAAAUUGUUCAUUUUGAGCCUCUUUCAAGCAGCAAGAGUGGCUAUUACAUCAUCCAGCCAUUCAAAAUGGAUUUUUGUUUUCACUGAAUAAAAUUAAAUGCUUUAAAAAAA